AUGUACCUCCGCGCCAUCCACGCCGAACCCUCCAUCCCAGCCCUCAAAGCCUUCAUAGCUGCCCACCCCCUCGGUCUCCUCACAACGGCCCUCCCCUCUACAGACCCUUCCCACCACUUCAUCCAAACCUCCCACAUCCCCUGGGUCCUCGACAACCCUUCACCAGACACCGACGACCUACCCAUCCUCCGCGGCCACAUAGCCCGUCAAAACCCCCACGCCAAAGUCUUCAUCGAACAUGCCUCUGCCUCCCCAGGAAAACCAUUCGCUCUGCAGCAAGAAGUGAUGGUACUAUUCAAUGCCCCUCAUCACAGUUACGUAACGCCGAAAUUCUACACAAAGACGAAACCGGAGAGUGGAAAGGUUGUGCCGACUUGGAACUAUGCUGCCGCACAAGCCUAUGGUGUUGCGACUGUGUACACGGAUUCAAAAGCAGACAGCACGAUUGAGUUCUUGGACAAACAGAUUAGGGAUCUGAGCCAAAAGGCGGAAAAGGAGAUUAUGAAGCACGAGAAGCCUUGGGAGGUGGAUGAUGCGCCUGAGAAAUACAUUGAGCUGUUGAGGAAGAACAUCAUUGGUAUCGAGAUCAAGGUCACUCAUCUGGGUGGAAAGUUCAAGAUGAGCCAGGAGAUGGGCGCAGAAGAUAGAGAAGGUGUUGCGCGAGGUUUCGAGGACAUGAAGACUGACACUGGUGAUGCAAUUGCAAAGACGGUCAGAGAGCGUGGUCAGCUCAAGUAG